GAAGAGUUGUGUUUUAAUAUGUUCAAUAUCAAAAACAAACAGGUUCUGCAAAUAAAAGAAUUAUGCUGUAGAUUUCACUUCCUUUGACCUAGCUAGUGUAGUCGUUGAUAAAUUUUGACAAGAAUGCUGCUAAUGUUCUUUUUCAGCUGCGUCGCGUUCUUGGCUGCGUCCGUUGCUGCCUCGCCUGAUGCUGGAGCAAUAGCUGGCAGUAUUACCACGUGUGCACCAGAGGCAGCAGCAGACGGCUACGAUGACCCACUACUUGUUGGAAAUGACGCGCAAGAUGGGGAUGUUGAGCAGCCUGAUGAAGAUACCUCGGCGAGUACGCUACAAUUGAUUGAGGGCAUGUGCAACGUUACGGUCGGACAAGUAGACAAAGAAAAAGAUCAUGGUGCUGUCAGCGGAAGUGAACAUGUCGGUGCUGCUGCUGCGACCACCGGCAGAGAAUUCUCAUUUUUGAAGGAAACUUUUUCUGAUCAUGAUGGCAUUCUAGGCGCAGGCGACGUCCAUGGAAAGGAGGACAGUAAAGGGGAUGUUCCUCCUGCCAGGAAGAAAAGGGAGCAGGAGACGCUGCCUGUUCUCGGCGAAGGCUCCAGCUCUUCCUCUAGGUCUACUACGAGAAGGUCGUUGAUUUAUUCAGAUGUAGUGGAAGAAGCAGAGAGUAGAGAGGCAGGCGCCGAACAGCAAGCUCUUCUGCAACUGCCACUUCCCGGAGCUGCUUGGGGGAGCAAGCGUUCCCUCCCUGCUGAUUUUCUGCCAUUGGCCCAGCAGGAUUCAUCUGUACUCGACAUCAAGAAUAUGCCAGAAGCUAUCGCAUCACCAGACCUCAGAAGGCCAGCCACGCCGACGGGAGCAACUCCAACUUCCCCGCCGAGUCCUGAUCGCAUGUCUUACAACUCUUUUGCGCCUAUUUUGACCGACCCGGCAGAAGACUUCGAAAGCGACCGAGAUGGUAUCACGACAAGUAGGAGUCGAACACCUCCUCCACUACUCCUUGCAGUUCCAGGUGCGCCACCGGAAAGCAUACCUGGUAUGAUCGUGGGCAUAAGUAGUUUUCGCGAAUUUUGGGUUUAUUUUUUUGAAGAAUAAAGAAGGAGGUAUAAAUAGAUAAUUGUUGAGCAAAAACAAAGCAGGACACAAUAUUACUUGCAGUUAUCUAUGCUGUCAAAUACUUAAGUAGCUUAUCUUCUGCUGGCCUUAUCGGGCGGGGCGACAGGUAGUUUCUUGUCUACUUAAACUAGAACGGCCGACUACACCGCCGCCAGCGCUGCCCCCGCUACCAGACUUAGAGGAGGAUGGCGUCUUUUAUCGGAACAACAAGCUGCGGCAGGACGACAUCAAGACUUUCCACGAGAACGCCGAGCCUUUGAUCAGAGCAUUGAAUGAUGGGACAGUCACCCUGGCGAAUAUCACAGGAGGGUCAUCAAGUGGGAAACAGCUGAAAGGGCGCCAGGAAAAAACAUCUGCAAGAAUUGAAGAAAGUAAAAAAGCCUCAGGAACAGAGACGUAUGUUUCUCUUAAGGGUCAUCGUAAAAGUGUUUUUUAGUUGAGUUACUGAUAAUCAAGAAAUAGCGAUAUGUCAAUGUCUACGGAAUUGGGAUGGUAGUCCUUCCUGGAGUCAAUAGCAAUGAAGCAUGCGCGAAAACCGAUCGACAUGCGAUAAUGAUUUUCCAAGAGUUGUAUACUGCUUGUGCAUUUUCUAUCAGGAAAGUAUGUAUCUACUAUUCAAAUGAAAAAAAAUAUAUUAGUAAGUUUCAUAAAACCAUGUUGUUGCUCGAAUUUUUCUCGUGGAGACCAGCUGCUGCAACCUCAUCCAUCCGUUGCCGCCCUUUGGUCCGUGACUUCCAUCGGCGGUACAGAUCAGUGUACCGUUGGAAAAAAGGACAUGAUAAAACAGGAUGGAGUAGUACAAGAACUAGGCGAUGUUCUUGUACAGGAGCAAGCGACACAGGUGACGAGGCCGCGAAGAAAAGAGCCCUGUACCGAACCUAAGCGACCGAGUAAGCUUAAACUAGAGAUAUUCGAUCCGACGAAGGGCAACUGGAUAGAGGAGCAGUUUGAAAAGGUGGCUUCUCUAGCUUGUGAACCAGAUGAGAAGGUUCGCAAAGAGCACGAGCAGUUGCGCGUUCUCGCGCGCAACGCUGAAACUUAUUCUGGGUAUUCGCCCAAAGCGGCAGAGGGAAGGUGCGCUCGCGAGAAGCUGGCGAGUCUCGAGCGGAAAGGGACCGCAAAAGUUCAGCAGCGUGUGUGGGCAGCCAUCUAUACCUUCAUCGAAGCGAAAGAAGGACCUCCACGAGAACGCUACGAUUUGGUCAAAGGCCUCGUGAAUGAUGGACACCUCUGCAGCCUACUACAGAAUGGACUCACAGUUGUAUGAUGCGGGGCAAAUAGAACGAGGAGUAAAUAUUGAUCUUCACAAACUCACACACAAUAAAAGUUGUUAUCUUCAGGUGGAUCAUUCACAAAGCUCGAACGCUCUUUUGUUUUUAGUAUGGUAAUUUAUCCUGAAACUGCGUUUAAGUUUAUGGUUGCGUUGAAUAUUGCAUUGAUCAUCAUCUGGAUCUCCACUUCCUGCUCCUCGUUCAUGGAUUUCGUCCAGUAACUACGAAGAUGAGCAGUGUCGACGAGAUCAUGCGAGAAGGGCGAUGGCUUUUCACUACGGACCAGUUAUUGCCCAGACAACGUAUAUGGAUCCCGCCUCUGCUGCAAAGUAUCGCACGAAAAAUCAGGGCCACGACGUCCGGACAUUCCUCAGAUUUUUCCAAGUAUAUCGAUACGAACUGGGAUACGGACAUAAUUUGUGGCGAUGCGAACGGUUAGCGUCUGAGAAAGUGAAAUCAAACAUACCUUUCGAUCCGUGGUACGCCGCGCUGAGUCGCAAUGCAAAUUUGUUUCCGAAAGAGGAGGAAGCAGAGGAAAAAGCAGGAAGUGGCGUUGCUGUAGUAGACGGAGUUGUGGAAAAAUCUUCAAGUCGUGGGACAGCGACGAACGUUGAAGUUGUAAUUGGAGAGAAUUUGAAGUCAUCAAGUACUACUGGAAUUGUAGCGGCACCACUAAAUCCAGAAAUUGAGGUAGCCUCUUCAUGCAUGUCUGCUAUGAACUGCACGUCAUGCAGUAAACGUCGGGGUCGUGGUAGUUGUCCCGUGGCUCCGCAAGCAAAUGCUGAAGAACGUACUCGGUGUCUGUUGGAGAAAGAAGCUCGGUGCGAUGUGCCGGACGCCUCUACGGUCAUCAUGAACGAUGGUAACAGGACCAACAGCAUACAGGUGCAGGAGCCAGUCUCGGACUCAGAUAAAAACCGGGUAAGAGAAUCCCCAGCAGCGAAGCGAAGCAGACGAAUAUGCGAUAAAACUGGCGAUUCUUUUGAUGAUAGCACAUGCACAACGCAGCCAGAAGCAAGUGAAGCAGGAGAGAUUUCUAAGAGAAAAUGUAGGCAGCCUGCAGAUGCUGAUUUUCUCGCUGGUGGUGGUGAAGACUGUGCACGACAACAUGAUUUUCCUCCUGUUCUAGGUGGAACGGGAGAUUCGCUUUCGCGCACUCCAUCGCGGACUUCACCUUUACAUGAGGAAGCUACGAGUGCGGGAGGAUCCGCAUUACCUGAAGAUUUAGAUAUUGUCGAAAGUGCAUUUGAAGAAAGGCGAUCUGCCUAUCAAUCUCAGUUUCCGAACGCGCUUAUAGAAGAAGAUGCUAACAAUUGCCGCGAUUAUUUGAAAUAUAGAAGAAGUUGCCUCUUCAGGCCUGUGAUAACGCCACGAAAACGGAGGCGGCCUGUGUCAAGAAUAGAUGCUUGGGCAACCGAGUGGGCGACAGAUUCUCUCCGUGUUCCGGCGCCACCACGGCCUGCGGAGUCACAAGCAGGGUCGACACAGCAAGCUCACAUUUGUCCUGGAGAGAAUCCGGAUAAAGUAGAGGUUAUGACGAUUUUCUACAUCUCCUAGCUGUCGCUAGUUUAAGUGUUUUAGAUGUUUCAGUAGUUAUUCACACUCGAUUAACCAUUUUCAGGAAUAGAAAGUGCUAUAGGUUUCAACUUUGAUCAUGAUCAAGGUCGGUUUCUUGAGAUAGGAAAUUGAAUGAUUGACCUCUUGAGUUGUGCUCUCUAACAAAGGAGAUGCGCUGCCAGCCAAGCUUGACGAUAAUUGCGUCGGUGUGUCGGUCAUGCCGGAAAAAGAAUAUCGCGAGCUCGAAUUUCACUACUCGGGACCGAUACGCGGGUUUCUAUCUCAAGCAUUUUCCUAAUCGUCCUGAUCUGCUCCGGAAAUUCACUUUCUUUUGUUCUCUAAGGAAGAAGCAUUUGUUCUCUUUCGCGCGGCGCCACCUACGGAGGAGCACCAAUAAUCGCCAAGUACAGCGCAAUCAAAAACACAAAUACUUGAAUAGAUGAACUGCACUCAAUCAUCGUUAGUACCCAUGUUGAUGUUUGCUUCUUUAGGCCACUUUUUGGGGAAUGUAGAUACGUUGAAAAUGGAUAUUUGCAGCUGAUGUGGCAGUCUAGACCCUGGGAAAUAGUCGUUUAUUUACUUUUUAGUAUUUGAUAUACUUCUAGUACUCUGUCAACGCAGCCUGGCCGCGCACCAGUGGACCCUCAACCUUGACCCUUCAAGUUCAAGGCAUCAAUGUUUUACUUUUACAGGUAAGGGGCUCCGCCUGGCAGUGUAUUGAUGAAUUUUUUGCAAUAGUCUUGUCCGAUGCUAGAACAGCAUGCGACCCUUAUAAGUAUGACACCUACACCUUGUAUGUGGAAAAUUCUAGCCUGCAACUGAAGAUAAGAUCUGAUUAGACAACUUGAAGCUGCUACGUACUACUGUUGUAACAGUACUAGCACGCCAUAUGCAAAACGUUCAUAACUACGAGCUCUGGGAAACUAUGUAAAGAACGCGCGAAAAUGACGCAAUUUAUGAUGCUUGGUAAGGAGACAGAGUUCUCA